AUGGGGGACUCUUUGGUUGAUGGUCGAAACCUUGAUGACGAGUAUCGCUUUUUAGGUAAAAGAGUGAGUGAGGAUUACGAAAGACUUACUCUUGUGGCUGAAAACGAAGACGACGCUGAAAGAUGGAAAACGCAACUGCUACGCGCUGGUGUAUUUCCAGUAAACGACAGUUUCCAGGAUUUAUCUAACGAUAUUUUCCUCAAUGGCCAGCUAAACGAAAGUGUGGCCCUCAUUCGACAUUUGACACUAGAGUACAUGAAAAUUAUUAAGAAAAACUUAUGUGACAAGUUUACCAAAAUUGUGGUUCACUAUUUAAUAAACCGAACUAAAGAGUUCGUUAUGAAUGACUUGCUACUUUAUUUAUUUUCAUUGAAAAAAGACUGUAAAUUGCUCAAAACAUCAUCAGACGCCGUUUCAAUGCAGAAGAAACAAGUUCAAGAUUACGAGGCGACGAAGGAAGCGAUUACACUAGCCGACAAUUUGUGCUUUUCGCAAAUUCAGCCGUUUUAUAUUAAAAACGCAGAAACUACCCAAGAUAUUUUGAACAGGACGUUCGGAGAGGAUUUUGGGCUUUUCUAA